UUUUUUUUUUUGGCCAGAAGAAAACAUAAGACCAUAAGGCGGAAGUUUAAAUACUCAUUAACUCUAAAAUCAUAACAUCUCAUAGACCAUAAACCUAAUUAAUCAUAUGUCUACAUGGCCCAAAACCCUUAAUCCUAGAUGUUAAAUUAUUCUUAACAAGACUUAAGUACCCCUAAUUAAAUUCUAUGAGUAGGAAAGUAAUAGUAAACAGAAUUAACUGAUGGCCAACAAAAAACAGAAUUAACUAAAAACAUAAAAUUAAUCCUAAACCCUACAAUUACAUUAAAACUGAAAAAUAACCCCAAAUAAUUAGAAUUACAUAAUAACCUACAAGAACACUUCUGACCUUCAACCCCAAAUCAUUGUUGUUACCACACUCUACCUAGCUAGUAUACAAAGCAGUUGUAUUCCUUGCGUCAUUGCCUAGAAGGUGGGUGUUGAUUCCCAACUGGGUUGGGUCCAGAUGCACUUUUACGGUUCCUCUUCAUUGCAGCCUGUUCUUCCACCAUUGCAAAGACACAAGGAGUCAUGUUUAAACCAUAAAUACACUAUGUUUGGUACUUACCCAAGUAGGCAACUCAUUUCUGCUCUCUGCCCUUGAUGUUAGCCUUCUGGGUCUUAGGUUUGAAUGAACUGUUUGUCAGGAAAUGGGAAACGGCAUCAGAACUCUCAAAACACAAUAAAAAGUCAAGUCUUCUUUCUCUCCCCUAAUGAUAUCAUGCUUGUUAAAUACCAUUUUCAACCCUAGUUAUGCACCCAUUGUUUGUCUUGGAUGCUUUGUUGUCUUUGUUCUUUAUUCCUUUGUUUCUCAUGAUAUUGUUAUUACUGAUUAUCCAAAAUUUCUAGUUUUUUUUCUCAAUCUAAGUAUGUGAUUGCUAAAAAGGGUUUGAAACUAGUUGGCUGCAUAUGUGUGUAAUAUGAACGCAGGUAAGCUUGUGUCUUUUGUGCAUGUGUAUGUGUGUGUGUGUGAGAGAGAGAGAGAGAGAGAGAGAGAGGAUUGCCUGAAUCAGUAGCCUGAACAUUGAUUUUCUGGAAGUCUUGAGGUUGAGAAACUGCUAGCAGGAGCCAUGCUAGGAGAAGAAAGAGUAGAACUUGGCCUUUCAUCUUAGGCAGGAGAAUGUGCAUUCUGCGUGCUUUGUUGUGCAGGAGUGCUUUUACAUGCAUGGAGAAGCAUUUUUAUCAGGACAUUCACAAUAAAUCAUCAUGUAACCAGAGGUAAUAUCUAACUUUACUGCUUAAUCUUGCUGCAAGUUCAUUGGCAGUACCUGCAGAUGCUUGUUCAUUGAUCAUUACAUGCUUCAACUGUUCUAUAGUUGCUCUUUUGCAUCAAGUAGGUUCAUUUAUACAUAUUCUGACGCAUCCAUUCCGUCAUGAGGAGUCAGAGAAGCAAAGCAACUCUUGUCUAGAAGGGUUACAGAAAUGAAAAUUUAAUAGAUUUAAAAUUUAUUAAAGCUACGGUUAUAUAGGAAGCUAAAUGAUUAACAUUCUGACCCGAACGGGCUAUUAUUCAUAUCAUUAAAAAGUCAAAACCAUGUAUGAUUGUUACUUCGUUUGGCUGCAUAUGCAUCGAUUUUUAUAAUG